AUGUCCUUGCUCGACGAAACGAACUAUGUGCUUCCGCUGAGGCCGAUUGGUCACCGCCGUCGACGAGCAAUCAUACGCGUUCUGCAAGCAAACAUACUGCCCAUAUGUCGAAGCGACGACAUUGUUAGCGUGCUCCGUCAGAGUGCAGAUCCGGAAGACGAGGUCGACUGGUUGGCAACAAUGUGGGCAUCCAUUACAGGAUCCCCCAACAUUGACACUGGUAUCGUAGGUAACUUGGGUGAUGUGAACGUUGAUGCGUGCGAGAAGAUCAUUGCCUGGCACGCGAUACCUUACGGGUCUCCAUUCCGCCGCAUUGCAGCUCACGCGGCACAUUUUGUCAUUUACGCUGGAUCAGAGAACCGUCCCCUGCUUCUGGUCCUGUUUUUGCAGUGGUUCAAUCGCAUGUAUCAGUCACAGUCCGCCACCCAACCAUCCGGGAUCAAGCGCGUGGGAUUUAUGUUUGUUCAGCAGUGGAUUAUUGGGGUGGUACUGUGUGAUAACUCGGUAGAUGUGGCAUCGGAUAUGUCUUCCCACAACCUUUACAGGUCGACGUUGGUAUCGGACUCAGGCCUGUUGCUAUAUGCUCAGUCGUCUAACCGCGAUGCAAACGUUGAAGGUGUUGCCACCACGGUCUCCAUAGCGGUAUCGUAUGGCCGUUUGAUGGGGUACGGUGUCACUCGCGUGCAUGUGUAA